AUGCCUUUUAUACGACGAUUCAUUACCACCCCUGCGAGGGGAUGGGAACAGAUACCCACAUUUAUUACUUUUGUCAGCGGAAAAAUGAAUUUACGCACCGCUUAUCUUGAUUUUAUGAAUGUUAAAAACCAGCAAUAUGAAAACUUCCAUGUGGAACAGAAGGGCUAUGAUCAGAUGUACGAUGGCGAAGAUCUGGAAACACCACCGUCACCCGAAAGACCACCUCCACGACACAUAGACAAAUAUGUUCGCGCGGAAUGCCCCUGCCUUACCGCUCGAUAUACUGUGGCUCUGCUGGCAUGUUUCGGGUUCAGCAUCAUGUUUGGAAUGAGGUGCAACAUGAGUAUGGCCAAACUUAAAAUGACGGAAAAGCAUAAUACAUCAAGCGGAGUAAGAGAAGAUACACCCUUCAACUGGAGUGUGAGUGUUGAAUCAUCUAUUGACUCAUCCUAUUUCGCUGGGUACCUGAUAACACAGGUGCCUGGAGGGUACCUGGCGUCCAUGUAUCCAGCUAACAGGAUCUUUGGAGCGGCGAUAUUUGCGUCCGCCAUUUUCAACAUGGCUAUUCCUGGAGCGAUGUCUUUGGGACCAGCAGCUGUUGUUAUGUUAAAAGUUGCCCAGGGUUUUGUCGAGGGUGUGACUUACCCCUCUUGCCACGGAAUUUGGAGGAUGUGGGCUCCACCUAUGGAAAGAUCGAGACUCGCAACAUUAGCCUUCUGCGGUACCUACGCGGGUAUUGUCAUAGGAAUGCCACUGUCUGGUGUUCUCACAGAUUACAUCUCGUACUUCCUUUGGUUGUGGCUUGUGUUUGAGCGACCUAGCAAGCAUCCUCACAUCUCAGGUAAAGAGUUAGCUUAUAUUGAGCAAUCAUUGGGUACCGCGUCUCAAGCUGCCAUGCCUGGAUUCUGGUCUACACCUUGGAAGGAGUUUGCUACGUCAACACCGGUGUACGCCAUCAUCGUGGCCAACUUCUGUAGGACCUGGAACUUCUGCUUAUUGGUAAUCUUCCAGUCGGCAUAUUUCAACACACGAUUUAAUAUGCAAAUUACUGAGUCUGGUUUUGUCGGUGCCAUACCUCACUUGAUCAUGACAUCCCUUGUGCCCAUCGGGGGGAUGAUGGCGGAUUAUCUUCGCAAAAACAAUAUAAUGACUACAACUAAUGUGAGGAAACUUUUCAACUGCGGAGGUUUUGGACUGGAGGCGUUUUUCUUUGUUCUCGUCGCGUAUGCUGAUAACAAAUACGUUGCAACGAUAGAACUGACACUCGGGGUAGCGUGCAGUGGAUUCGCAAUUUCUGGAUACAAUGUGAAUCAUUUGGACAUCGCACCACGAUAUGCGUCUAUUUUGAUGGGACUUUCCAAUGGUAUCGGUACUAUAGCUGGCUUCGUGGUUCCAAUUGUGAUUGAUUAUAUGACACAGGAAAAGGAUAAAUUAGAAAAGGCCAUAACGGAAUGGCGCGAAGUAUUCCUGAUGGGGGCGACAGUACACUUUAUAGGCAUCACGAUUUACGGUAUAUUUGCUUCCGGAGAGCUGCAGCCUUGGGCGGAUCCCCCACCAACAGCCUAUGAUGCCCCCAUGAAACCUAUAUCAGACCAGGAAACAACAUUUUCGGAACAGCCUUCAGCCCCACUGAAGGGCUCAGAGCCGCCAGCAUACGGUGCCAUUGCGCCGCCUCGCCCACCCGCGCCCCAACAGCAUGUCCCCAAUAAUCCAUUUGUUUCCGGGGCUUUGUACCAAGCUGAACCUAUACAGCCUCCAGCGGAGUCCUACCAGGAUCUGACUGAUGAUGGCACAUAUUAA